AGAAUUAAAAAAAAUUUAAAUCUUUUUUAAUGCCUCCCAAAGUUGACCCAAAUGAAGUUAGAUUGAUUAACAUCAAAGUAUUUGGAGGAGAAGGUGGUCCAGCAUCCACUCUUGCUCCAAAAUUGGGACCUCUCGGUCUUGUAAAUAUAAUUGCUUAUUAAUAAGAAUCCAAAAUAAGUCGGUGAUAAAAUUAUUGCUGAAAGUGGAAAAUGGAAGGGUAUUAGAGUCAUGGUUAACUUGAGAUGCUAAAAUAGAAAUGCUGAUGUUACAGUCAUUCCUACCUCAAGUGCAUUACUCAUUAAAGAAAUUGGAGUAAUUAAAUAAUUAAAAACUUUUAGGGUUAUGAGAGAGAUAGAAAGAAGACAAAGAAUGUUAAACACAAUGGAAAUUUAACACUUGAAUAAGUCAUUAAAGUUGCUAGAGCUAUUGAAGAAAAAUCAUUAGCUAAAACAUUCACAGGAACAGUUAAAUAAGUGUUAGGAACUGCAUAAUCUUUGGGAGCCACAGUUGAUGGAUAACCAGUAAAAACAAUUAUUGGAAGAAUUAAUUCUGGAGAGCUUAAAGUUGAAAAAUGAUAAAUANAGAAUGAAACUUAAUUGUGAAGAUAUUUUAUGUUUUAUUUAUAAAUUAUAUUUUAACAAUAAAAUAAUCUUCUUGUAUCUUCAAUUAAAAGAUAUAUUAAUUAAACUAAAGUUUGUUAUUUAAAAAUUCAAAAAAAAACACACUGAAAGGAUAUAAAAUUUUGGUUGAUAAAAUAUUAUUGGAUUA